UUCACAGAUCAACGCAAUGGCAAGAACCAAGCAGACCGCCCGUAAAUCCACUGGUGGCAAAGCGCCCAGGAAGCAGCUCGCCACUAAGGCUGCUCGCAAGAGCGCCCCGGCUACCGGCGGCGUGAAGAAGCCUCACCGUUACAGGCCCGGCACCGUGGCUCUCAGGGAGAUCCGCCGUUAUCAGAAGUCUACUGAGCUGCUUAUCCGUAAGCUGCCCUUCCAGCGCUUGGUCCGAGAAAUCGCUCAGGAUUUUAAGACCGAUUUGCGUUUCCAGAGCUCGGCCGUCAUGGCCUUGCAGGAGGCUAGCGAGGCAUACCUGGUCGGUCUGUUCGAGGACACCAAUCUUUGCGCCAUUCACGCAAAGCGAAGCAGCAGCAUGUCUGGUAGAGGUAAAGGCGGUAAGGGACUCGGCAAAGGGGGCGCUAAGCGUCAUCGUAAGGUCCUUCGCGAUAAUAUCCAGGGAAUCACCAAGCCGGCUAUUCGCCGUCUGGCUCGCCGUGGCGGUGUUAAGCGUAUUUCCGGCCUGAUCUACGAAGAGACUCGCGGUGUGCUGAAGGUCUUCUUGGAGAACGUCAUCCGCGACGCCGUCACCUACACCGAGCACGCCAAAAGAAAGACCGUCACCGCCAUGGAUGUGGUGUACGCUCUGAAACGCCAGGGACGUACUCUGUACGGCUUCGGCGGAUAAACAUUCAACUCCGAACCACGUCAACACAACGGCUCUUUUAAGAGCCACCCAAA